UGGCGUCGCAGGGUUUGAUCUGAUUUGAUCUCGUAAGUUCCUGACGCAUUAUGAUCGUUUAACUACGUCGACAUUUUGUCUUAACUCGAAAAUAAAUAGAAACAAAGUGAUGACUCGGCUAGCCGCCAUUUUUCUCAAGAAGCACUGUCACUAUUGUGAGAAUAUUAAAUCGUAAAAUAUUUCCGCGUAAAAGUCAUUCACCAACUUGGUUUGUAAGUAUCAAGUACGAGUCGUCCACAAGCACACCUACUUCAACAUGCACCCCACAUCAAUAUCUUAAAAACAAGACCGAAAGACGAGAAAAAAUGCCGUCGAGGCAGAAAUUUGAAUUGAGCCUCUCGAAGGUACCCUCUUCUCGCGGCAAGCGGCGCUCGGCCAGCAGUGACACCAGUGACAGCGAUUCUUCCUCUGAUGGUCGAUAUGAGAGCGAUCGUGCAUGCUCUCCGCCACCGAGUUUUACGGAGAGAAGACUUGAUGUCUAGUUUUAUUUGAAACUAGUCGUCAAUACUGUCAGUCAGACCACGUCUCUACGGUCAUCAUGGACGAUGGCAACAGGGACAACAGCAUGCAUAGCGUAGACGCAGUACAGAGCAACAGUUCUUUAGUCAUCAAUGCCAAAAAAUUAGAUGGCGUCAAGUCUUUCAUCACAUCUUCUUUCAAAAGUCAAAAUUCUAAUCUACUUGUAAGAAGAGACAACUAUCGAAGCUGCCGAGGUCGCAGCCCUGCACGCUUUCAUCAACGUCGCGGCUAUGACAGUCUCCGUCGAGCACGCGGCCGCAACUAUUAUCGUGCGGAACCUAAGCACUAUCGUAUGGAAAGUUCCUCCGCUCCACCGAGACGGGGACGAGGACACCAGAGUACUAUGAGGAGCCACAAACUACGUCGCCGUGAAGAAUCUAGUCCGCCACGAAGGAGUAAGAAAGAGCACAAAGGCAAACGACGGCAACUACGUCGAGAUGUAAGCACCAGCCUAAGCCGGAGUCGUUCUCGAUCUCCUAAAACGAGACGCCACAGACGUCGUAGACGUAGUCUUCCACAACGCAGAAGAACGCGUUCUACCUCAUCCGACCAAGGAUAUCUUAAGAACAACGACUUGGAGUCUUAAUAGACUGCUGAAUGAAUGAAUAAAGAUCCGCACUGCGCUGUAAAUUCCUUACCAUGAGUUUACCUCUGUGUAAGUUUUGCGUCAAAAAAGGGAAGUGCGUGAACAUGACCAUAUCCUUGCUCUGCCCUUGAUGUGGUCCUUCUAAUAUCCAACGAGGACAUCGCAGAAAGCGUUCUACCUCGAACCCAGAAUUCCGUGAUUUAUCUUUCAAGCUUUGCAACUGGCUGCGCUACCAAAUGCGUCAACGAUUUCCAGGAAACAAGUCCAAUUGGGUGCCUUGGGCCGUUUUGCCAGGUACCAUGUUAACCAAUUGGACUUGUUCUGAGGACUUGUGCUGAGGGUAAAAAUAUAGAAUAAAUAGUACUGCUGGAACUCUUUUGUCCUGCCUAUAGGCUUGUAGUACUAUAAAUAUGGGACACGGUGAUGAUGAAGAUGUUCGACUUGUCUAAAUCCACCUCCAGGUGCCAAAAAGGAAUUCGAUCGAGACCUACUGGAGAAGGUUUGCGAGUACCACAGCCACCACCUUGAUAAGUGCUGGUAUGAAUUUGAAGAAUAUUCUUGUGAAGAUGACAAACACGACAAAGUUGUGAAGAAAAUGUUGUAUAUUCGCUCCCUGCGGAAAAACGAAAUUCCUUCUGACGGAAACGAUGUCACGUAUUGGAAAGAUAUCGAUUUGAAGAAGUUAAGGCUUCCCCCACUGCAUCUUCAGAAGCAUCUCGCAGCUUCCUUCCUCAUAAGGGAAUAAAAGGAGACCAUCGACGAGGUGAGUCUUCUCGCGAUGGAUUUAUUGGGUUCUGGUAAUCAACUCGUCUAAAAAAGGCAAGAGAGGAGGCUAACAGAGACGUAGCACAGAGGGUGGGUGGCAAGUUCAACAAGAGGCGAACAAGCUAUCGUCAAGACCGUGCAAGAAGUCAAAGCCGACGACGUACAACUCUAGGACCUCAACAUGGAAUAAAUGAUGCCACGACUAGUAAUGGAGGCAACUACUACAGCGACAAUAGCAGCAUUAAGGCUUCUUGUUCUACAAGUCCAUCUCCGGAUGAACAACCAUCCUGGUGACACCGUUUAUUUUUGUUGAGCAUCAAGGGUAAAAAAUUGUUCAAGGUCAAGGUCGUCCCAGGAUGCUGGGUCAAGGUCGUCCCAGGACGAUGCAAGAAUUCAAGAUCGUUGUGAUGGAUUUAUCUUCGCUAAAAACAACAACAGUGAUCUUAAGACCACUAGUGCUGCAAGUACUAGCACUGGAGGAAGCAGUUGUGGAAAAGAAAAUGGAAAGGAGCAAGAAAAGGAACGUGUGCCAAAGCGUUUGUCCUCAGCUGCUGGUGGACGUAGAAGAGGCUCAGAUAUGGAAAUCGACGAAGAAGCACUUUCUGUUUCGGUACUUCUAUUUGAAUUUGAUGUUAGACUUUAUAACUUCAUAAUUUAUUUGUCAACUAGAAUCAUCUACAACUGGGUUACACCAUAAUAAUAAUAACUACUCAUACAACAACAUCAGUCUGAUCUGGGACCGGUUGUGGAUUGCCCUUUGCAGAACCUCAUUACGGCGAACACAGCGAAAUAUGCGCCUUAUCGCUAAGUAAUGUAUCACCUUGUUUUAAGGCUCAGCUUUCAAUGGUCAUUGAGAUUGGGGUCACUGAGAUCGAAGAAGCGACCGCUUGAGGAAAGAUGAGGGGAAAAGGAAGGGAAAGGGGAGAGCUUCGAAGGGGGUCGCCUCCGUUCAGCAUCAGUGACCAUUGUCAAUGAGUUUUAAUUGUUGGAGACGAAAAAAACGAAGUAAGUACAAUGGGAAAGGGAGCUCUACUCUACCCGUUGUACGCACCAGCAUCAGCGCAAUGUUAUGAAAUUCAUGUUAUUUCGAAUACUCGGAACAAACGGAAGGUAACGUCGUGAGGAAAAAUCACACAUAGCAUCACACCGAAAAAUACUCAACCAGAAUGUAACUACCGCAUAAUAAACUGAAAUGCUACUUUUGGUUUUUGGGAAGAUCUACAAGUUGGUAAAAAUGGAAACUACUUGAUGAUCGUUGUAGACAAUGCGAAAGGAAACGCACUCUACUUAAAACAUCAAAAAAUGACCCACACCCGUCUUCGUCGGAACCCAUAACAGCAUGUCAACGAUGAUCAUUGCUUAAUCAUGACUAUCGCACCUAAUAAACUUGAUGAGUGUAGUUUCGCAGACCUCCUCUUAAUGUCUUGAAUUGCAGAUUUUGAAGCCCACGACGCCAUCUCGAAACAU